AUGGCUUCCAUAUCAGAGGAGGAAUUCUCUUGUCCGGUCUGCCAGGACGUCUUUAAAGAUCCUGUCGUCCUCUCAUGCAGCCACAGCUUCUGUAGAGACUGUCUGCAGAACUGGUGGAGAGGGAAACAAAAUCAUGAAUGUCCGGUUUGUAAGAGAAGGUCAUCGAAGGGUCGUCCACCUUGUAACCUCAUAUUAAGAAACCUAUGUGAGGCCUUCUUGCAGGAGAGAGAUCGUAGAGCUUCAGAGGCUCUCUGCAGUCUGCACUCUGAGAAACUCAAACUCUUCUGUCUGGACCAUCAGCAGCCGGUGUGUGUCGUCUGCAGAGUUUCAAAAACACACAACAACCACAGUUUCAGACCCAGCGAUGAAGCUGCACAGGAGCACAAAGAGGAGCUCCGGAAGUCCUUGAAGCCCUUACAGGAGAAACUGAAGCUGUUUGAAAAAGUGAAAGGAAACUGUGAUCAAACAGCAGAGCACAUUAAGAUCCAGGCUCAACACACAGAGACGAAGAUUAAGGAGCAGUUUAGGAAGCUUCACCAGUUUCUACACGAGGAAGAGGAGGCCAGGAUCUCCGCUCUGAGGGAGGAGGAGCAGCAGAAGAGUCGGAGGAUGAAGGAGAAGCUGGAGGCUCUGAGCAGAGAGAUAGCAGCUCUUUCAGACACAGUCAGAAACACAGAGGACGAGCUGAGAGCGGAGGACGUCUCGUUCCUGCUCAACUACAAGGCUGCAGUGGACAGAGUCCAGCAGCGACUCCUGCUGGAGGAUCCACAGCUGCUCUCAGGAGCUCUGAUAGACGAGGCCAGACACCUGGGCAACCUGUCCUUCAACAUCUGGGACAAGAUGGAGGACAUGGUCUCUGACAGUCCUGUGAUUCUGGACCCAAACACUGCUGGUCCAGAACUCAUCCUAUCUGAUGAUCUGACC